GUAACCUGGCCGUCAGCUGCGAAAACAAAAACAACGUUGUCCCAGCAGAAAGCUUGCAGACGCCAAACUGCAAGUGACAGAAAGUUUCGGAUCUUUGUUUACAAACAUUGUUUUGAGAUCGAAUAAUGUAUUGCUCUCAACAAUAAGUUCUCUGUACUUUUACUAAUCGGAGCAAGUCGAAGGAAAAGAACCUAAUUGAUGCUCAUCUGUGAAUUUGAAGACUAUACUGGGGUCUGUAAUAGGUCGGCCGUAACAAAUGCUUGGCGUUGAUACCGAUAGUUCGUGACGCUUGAGUAGUCACACCUGGCUCGUCGAGUAACAGCAACCGAAGUGUCCGAAAUCGUAACCAUGGUGAUGGUUGCCACCAAUAAUAGUUACCAUUUCCAUUCUUCCACUUCUCUUCAUAUUCACAAACAACAUAUUGAAAUAAUUGGUUGUUAUUAAGGGAAUAUCACUACUGUGGUAUUUUGUCCUACUUCCAAUUCAGAAAGGUUACGAUUCCCCACAAAGAUGAAUGUAUAUGCAGAGUUGUGGAGAUCUGUGCAAGUUUCUAGUUUGUUUUCAUUGGCUUUAGAAGCUCUUGCAGAAUGUCUAGAUCCACAUGUGGAUUCCCUUCGAAUUCUUCCUCGAACUCUCAAAACAAAACUCUUAACAAUUGCUUGCAAGAGAGGGACCCUAGGAACUUCAUCUCUGGAAAGUCUACUUCAUUCUGAAUUAAGAACCCUCAAUCUGAGUGAAUGUCAUUUGACAGAUGGCAUGUUGUUGGCCAUUCAAAUAUGCUCUGAACUUCGAAAACUAGAUCUUAAUCCUGGAAGAAACCAGGAGAGAAACCUUGGAAGAGAUGCUUUACUCUCACUUUGGCCAAAUUUGCCCAAGUUGAAAGUACUUUAUUUGAGGAGGUGUCCAGGUGUGACAGAUGAUGUGGUUGGAGCAAUUGCUGAAAACUGCCCCAACCUCACUGAGCUUGAUGUUGGCGGGUGUCAUGCAAUUACCGAUGCUGCCCCUGUAGCUCUCACAAGGACAUUAAAACAUCUCACCUCCCUGAAUAUGUCAAGCACCCAGGUUGGUGAUGAGGGAUUACUGGAAUUGGUCCAUGGAAACUGUGGCAAAACUUUAACUGAGCUGAAUAUCAAUCACUGUAUGAGAGUUACCGAUUUCUCAAUUCAGUGCAUUGCACAUAACUGUCGAAACAUGAGCAUAUUAGUCUUCCAAGGAUGUCCAAUAUCAGCUGAUUCACACUAUGCCCUGGAGAACAUAUAUGCAGAGGCAAAAGUGAGACAACUGGCCUGGACAGUAUAUUAAACUGAAUCUUUGUUGUCUCAAGGUAUAGCAACAUUGACUUCAGCAUUUUUUUGCAAUUGACCUAACUAAACACAGUUUUUCUGUGUAGAUGUUUUUAUAAUGUUUGACUAGAUGAAAACUUUGUUAAAUUAACAAACCUGUGUGUACUCAUUAAAUUUUUGUUAACUUACACUUAGUUUUGCUUUGUAUGUCGUCAUACAAAAUGAAACUUGUGUCAAAUGGUUGUAGUGUGUUUAAGUUAAUUACUUUUAUCAGUCUUCCCCAAAUGUGUGUAUGAAUCACUUCUUAACCUUGUAGAUUUACUAAUAAACUUUGACCAUAAAA